UCGUAAUUGUCAGAGUUCAGCGGCAGUGUGCAGUGUGUAGGUGUGUGGUGGCGCUCCGUCAAAAAACAGCUGAAAUUGACGACAAACUUUGGGCUAAAGUCGAGAAGAUACAUUGUAUUCCUGGUGGGGAUGUACAAUUCUGUGGAUAAUUGCAAAGCGAUAAAGACAAAAUGAGUGCUUUGCCAGCAUCACCAGAGGAAUUGCUGAUCUCAAUCCGGAGUUUCGUGAAAGGAAUUCACGCGAGGUCGGGUCACAAGUUGACGAGUGAGGAGCAUGCCCGGUGCGCUCUUCACCUCCUGCGUACGCUGCCGGCAGCGCGCACGGCCGUCCUGGAACACCUGUGUCACGUGUUCGACGAGAGCGUCAAUUCCUAUCUGUUCGAGUUGGAAGGAGAGGCCAGCACUGGGCUGAAUCUUGAUGGAGUCAUUCAGGAAAUCUAUGAUGUCCUCUUGAAUUUCGUCAACACCAACGCGGAUGCCUGGUCGCCCCUCAUUUCUUCUUGGUCGAUUGACCUACUGGGCCAAAUCAGCAGCACCUAUGCAGGCCGGAGAGGAGUGCCCCACCCCUCCAGCCUGAAUGAACUCCUCCAGCUCUGGAUGACUUGUAAAGCUACCAGAACACUGAUGGACGUGGCCUCGCAGUGUUUUGCAGCCAUGGUUGGGACGUGCCCGGACCUUUGCGUGGACGCACUGUUGGACACAUCUGUCCAACACUCGCCCCACUUUGACUGGGUCGUCGCACAUAUCGGGUCCUGUUUCCCAAACACCAUCAUAACUCGCGUCCUGUCCUGCGGAUUGAAAGACUUCUGCAACAGCCAAUCGCAGGGCUUGGUUGCCUCCGACAAGAAAGUGCCCAAGAUGGCGUCGGUGGUGGGAAUUCUGGGCCACUUGGCGUCGCAGCAUUCACAGGACAUUCGCAAGGCCCUGCUGGAACUGUUCCAGGAGAGUUUGGAGAGUGAUGAGGAGCAGCACCUGUUCACGGUUCCGUUUCUCCUUCAACUGGCUACCAUGUCACCUAUGCUACUCCGGGUCAUCACGACAGACUUUGUGCAAGCACUGACGCCAGACGUUCUGAAUCGCCUGUCAGAGCAGUUCUUCAAAUCGUCUCUCCUCUUGCAAGACAAGGACAGUCUCCUGACGUUAGUCAUCCACCUCAUCUGCCGCUCUGGCAGCGGCGCUUUCAAACUUCUCUGCUUCUUGCUCGACCGGGCCUGCGACAGAGGUCAGCAGUCGAAGGUCAACGAGCACGUGCAGAAGACAUGCGCACUGAUUCUGGAUCUGUUGGUUCUGGACCUACAGCGGUCUGUCUACAGUCAGACUGGCAACCUGUCCCUAGCCCAGCAAACAGGAGCAUCGUCUGCACCGGAGACAACGGAGAUUCCCUUCCUGACCGAACUUCAGAAACACACCAACACGCUGUGCGCUGACAUAUUGACGGCAGGAAAACAGAGGUUGCCAUGGUUACAGAGGCUGCUCGGUCUAAUCGGCGUACACUGCGGGGAGAGUUGUGCCACUGACAUCUUAACGUGCGUCCUCAUCAAGCAGUCGGCAGCAUCAGAGGUGUGCCUCUUCACAUCGUUGCAGGCCGAGAUUGAAGCAGCUUUUCCCAACAUCUUGCCGAGGACAUUGAGCAAGACCAUGAACCAGUUACAACGCAUCGAAGAGUCGGAGACCAAACAACUACUUAUAAAUCUCACGGAACUACUGAAAUGGGAGACAGUCGGGGCGGGGCGGGCCACGCCCAGGUUCAGUUUCAGAUCCGCCCUUGUCCCCCACCUUCACCCGCUCUCCACCCAGCUUCACCACUCUGACCUCACCAUCGCGACCCAGACCAUGGAACUCUUGCAGCUGAUUGGCCGGCCCCAGCCGGUCUCCAUGGUGACGCUGGUGGGAGUCGCUCAGUCGGCGGCCGAGUUUUUCUUCACGGCGAUGCACAUCAGUCGAGGUAAUUCCAACAGGCAUAGGAUACUAGACCAGUGUCAGAGCUAUCUUUCUGCAUGGUGCCAGCUAUCGAUGGGUCAGCAACUCGUGCUCAGGACUCUACUGGAAGGCAUUACGAAUAGGCAAAAUUGUUACUUGUUCGGCGGCAAGCCAAGCAUUGAAGGCGAGUUGGCCCCUUUGCGAGACAAACAGACGUCGCUCCUGAAAGAGAACCAGAAAUUUGCUAACGCUUCCUUUACGCUUCCGGCUAGCAAUUCGGCCGUUUUCCACGCCGGUACCAUCGGUCGCGGCCUGAAACCCAAAGCAGAACAGGCUGCGAUAUCCAAGGAGGAUGUUCUACAGAACUGCCAGUAUUUCUUGGACACCCUGUACCUCUGCUGUUUGGGCCGUGAGGCUUCUCCUACCCCUACCCCUCCAGCCCCGGUGCUGAGCCUCAAGCCGAUUGAUGAGAAGGCGGCCAGGUCACUAGCAGGGCUCUUGGUGGAGUUGGCGUGCCCGGACGUUGCCCACAUUGGGGUAGCGUGGCCUGAAGAGGAACACAUGAAGCUGACAGUCGAAAGGGACCUGUUUGUACGACGACGGUUUGAAGAGAAUCCGCUUUUCUGGGAUUUCUUGGAAAUAAUCAGUAGAGUUCCGGCUGCACUCUGCCAGUGUGCCGUGCUGUUGUAUAGCCUGCAUGCCACUCUCAUUGCAUUCUGGGAUACCAGUAGAGUGACGAGGGGGGACAGCGCCCCCGCCCAGCUCCGAGCGACAUGCAGGCUACUGGAAUGCAUGAAACAGUCUGGGUUCCUACCCCCUCCCCUGUGCUACUGUAGCCUCCUUGUACCCAGUCUGGAGCCCAGCGAAAUCAACCUCCUUCUGACGACCAUAUGGGCUUUUCUCAAGGAAAAUCCACCAAGUUUCAACACUCCUUUGAGCAAGCCUGACCUGAGUGGUAAAUACGUCAGCUCAUUCCCACCAGGUGUAACAUUGAGGUAUGCAGAGGUCAUUCACGCCAUCGUCCACAAAAACAUCAGUCAGUUCGGCGACCUGUACUUACAGCUGUUCCCGACACUGGUUCCCAUCACCCCGUUGCAGGGGACCAGCGCUGUGCCCGCAGUGGCAGUCGGUUCCCCAUCGCAAGGCCAGGUACCGGCUCAAGGCACCGGUACCCCUACAUGAUAAGAACUGUGCUGUUUAUAUUUUCUGAAGUUGAAACGAACACAAAGACCAGUUGGCAGAAGCCAGUCGUAGUGUUUACACUUCGCCUUUGGA